AAAAUCCCCCCCAAAAUGCAUGACAUUUUAUUUUCGCAAAACGAUCCUAAGAAAACAAAGUGAGGCUUUAAGUGACGUCAUCACUGGAGGACAAACGUUCUUGUGUGGUCACGAGUUGAUUGAUUGCGGAGGCGUCGCCAUCCCUCGCCCUGUGGGCCAGUUGUCAUGGUAACCCGGGAUCCCGCGCGCGCAGCCGCCGCGGCAACUGCAGUGAGUCACCGCGACGCACGCAAGCGCGAACGCGCGCCGCCGGGCUCGCCGAGCAAUCGCCGAACGAGAUGACGUGACGGAGGAAAGAAGCGAGGGAUUGAUUACGUCAGCCUCCAACAGUGAUUGAUUGACAGCUGUCAACAAGUCGACCGUGCACGCACAUCAGAAUGCUCAUGCACGUCAUGCACGAGUGCAUCGCCAUGACGAUUGACGCCGAUGUCUCGCAGAUGGCCGAGCGUCUCCACCUUGGAUGCCGUCACCGGGAAGUGACAUCGCGCGCCUUCUGCCUCAGACAGCCGACAGGAUGACCCGGCGGGGUGAGAAGACGGAGCCGAGCCGGGAGCCGCAAGGCCAGAUGACGAGGUGGACCGAGUCGCUGGUGGUGACGCUGGACGAGCUGGAGUGUAAAAUCUGCUACAAUCGCUAUGACACUCGCAGCCGCAAGCCCAAAGUUCUGGCGUGUCUGCACCGUGUGUGCGCCAAGUGUCUCAAGAGGAUGCUGGACACGGGCGAGUCGUCUCCAUCCGUCCUCAUUUGUCCCUUUUGCCGUCACCAGACUCACCUCCCACAAGAAGAGGUCUGGCUGAUGGAGGACGACCGCCACAUCCUGGCAGUCCUGUCAUGUGGCGAGCGGGCUCGGCGAGGAGGAGGCGGAGGAGGCGUUCCGCACAGAGAAGUUGUGCUCAACCCCGACUCGCUGAGAGGCGCGGACCGCACACCGCGCUCUUCGGACUGCCUGGUGAUCACCAUCAUGGAGCUGCCGGCUGACUCGCCGUCUUCAGACGAGUUGAGGACGCUCAAUGCGGCGGAGGCGGUCGCUUUAUACCGGCGGCAUUCCAGCCAGGACUCACUGGCCUGCGACCUUCCCACCCGCAAGUGCGGCUCCUGGACGUCUCGGCGUUUGCCCCGCUGCCUGCUGGGGGCGCUGUGUAUGGUGUACUUCAGCUCGCUUCCAGUGGGAAUCUACCUACUGAUGAUGGCUCACAUGUGGCCGGGCGUGCUGCUGGUCAGCCUGGUCCCGUCCACGCUGCUUCUGCUGGUCCUCUACGGCUUCUGCCAGUGCUUGUGCCACGAGCUACUGCAGGCGCUCGCCACCCGUCGCCGCGACAACGCCACCAUCGCCAUCACGUCUGCGGAAGACGACUAGCACUCGCUGUGACCGCCAAGCACCUCGUGCGUCGCCAGGGCCACUCAAAAUCCUGACAUUGUUAGCGGUAAUGUAGACAUGACGUGCGGUCAGAAUACUCAUUGGCGGCCAGGAAUUCAAUGGGGAAUUUGCAGUUUUAAAAGAUUUGAAUGUAGCCACACUUCACCUCGUCUGUCACGUCUUUUGUCUCUGGUAGGUUGUUCUUCCUCAGGUGCACUGGUUUCUUAAAAAAAAAAAUCCUUUUUAGUGUAAUCUGCCUGGAAAUUACAAAUUGAUAAUAUGAGGAUGAUUCCUGGAAAACUGCGUCGGCAAAUGGAGCACUCUCAUCCAGACAAUGUGAAAGUAACAUGCUAUACUUUGAUUGUCAUGCCAGGCUUGGGGCCAUUUUUUUGGACAACAGGAAGCAGACUGUCAUGUGUUUUUUUUUUUUCUUUCUUUUUUUUUUUACUUGGUCUGAAAGCCAUCCAUAACUCAUGCGUCACCUAAACAACUUUGUCCACACGCGUCACACCACAUGGCAGACGUGCUGCUUGCCUAGCUUGGCACAGAGAUGGCAGGCGGCAAGGAGCUAGCUUAGCUUUCAAACAAAAACGAUAGCGACUGGGCCUGACCGGAAUAGGCAAAAGCCACACAUUUACUCUCACUAUAUAUCAUUUCUGGAGGGGGUGUGUCACAAAAAAAAAAAAAAAAAAACGGGGGAUAGGUUCCCCAAAAAAGUCAGAAUAAUUGAUUCUUGUUGUAAGUGACAAGAAAAAAAAAUAAUAUCACAGGACAUUGAGGGCAAAAAAGCCCAAGAGAUUUGGAGUUCCCCCCAAAAGCCCAUAAAGAGAACCUACCCGGCCGGUCAAUAGAAAAUGGAAAAUGUUCCUGGUCUUAUUGCUAAGCUAGGCUAGUCGCUCAGCUAACAUUUGUGUGCAACACGAUGAAAAUGAAAUGAAUAAAAACUACUAAGCUUUC